UUCGUCAAGACCCUUACGGGGAAGACCAUCACCCUUGAGGUCGAGUCCUCCGACACUAUCGACAAUGUCAAGGCCAAGAUCCAGGACAAGGAGGGCAUCCCCCCCGACCAGCAGCGCCUGAUCUUCGCCGGCAAGCAGCUCGAGGACGGCCGUACCCUCAGCGACUACAACAUCCAGAAGGAGUCCACCCUCCACCUCGUCCUCCGUCUCCGUGGUGGCAUCAUCGAGCCCUCGCUCAAG